CCGAUGAGUCGGGGCAGGCAUUGUCGAACGUACCAUGAUCUGGGCGAUCUCGGGAUCGCUCUCGAUGAGAGUCUUCUCCAUUUGCUGCACGGAUGAGUCAGUGACCAGAACAUCCCCAGAAUUGGGAGCAGUGGAGGACUUACGUCCCGGUGGGCCGGGGAGAGAGCGUAGGUGGCCAUUGUGAAGGAUGGGGUGGUGGGGGGAAAGGGAGAAAGAGAUGAAGUUGGAGGAUGGAGAGGGAGGAGGAGAGAAGAAGAAGAGAAGAGAAGAGAGGAGGGAGAGGAAGUUAAAGGGACGGGGAGGGAAGGGAAGGCGGCGAGGAAAAGCUCAGGAAUGGUGGGGGAGGGAAAAGAUUGCCUCAGGAUCGAAAAAAAAGAGGGCCCCGCAGAAAGCGAAAGUCCCGGCGAGUUUUGCGGUGCGAGUCACGGGGCGGUGGCCGCAUCGGGGCCCGUGGACGACAUCGGAGCUGCUCUCUGGCCCGCCGGCUCGGGGAAAGUCUGUCCUCGUCACGCCUCGUGUGUCGUCCUUAUUACUAACGCCACCCGCUAGCUCUCGGCCUCCAAUCCUGCGGCAGUAUUAGUGCCAGCAAUUACUCCGUCGAGAUAACUGGGAGCGAAAGAAAAAAGUCAAUUCCCGACAGAGUAUGGCGUCCUGGCGUCCCAGUCUGUCGCCGAGGGGCGAUCCAUGGGUACAGCCCACUCCU